GGUGGCAAAAAAAAAAAAAAAAAAAAAAUCACAGUUUUUUUCAAAUAUGCCGCCGGACGCGUCACCGCCGUGCGCCCCGGCUCCAUCUGGUCCAAUGACACGGUGAGACAGCAGCGAUGAGGCACAGCGCACUCGCCUGUGUUGACACUGGAGCGAUAUGCGGCGAUGCUCUUUCGUGUGAACGCGUUCGCAGCGCUCUCUAAGCAGCCACGGGGAGAUUUCGCCGCGGAUGAGAGAUUAGGAGGAGGAGGAGGAGAAGGAGGAGGAGGAGGAGGAGGCGGAGGAGAAGGAGGACCAGCGACCAGCAUCGGGGAGAAAAAACGGUAUCCGUCGCUCCAUCUUCUCCUUCUCGGUGGCUGGCGGCCCCGUCGAUUUGCGAGAGGAGAGCCGGGGGCUGGAUUUGAAACCUCGCAGGGGGGGAUGUGCUGAGAGUUUGAUGAUGAAAGGAGGAAGAGGAGGAGCGAUGUGGAGCGAGCCCCUCUUGGCCCCGAAGAGGUUUUAGUUAGACCUGUGCAAAUCCAGUGAGGUCAGGAGGUGAUGGCAGCGCCGUCUGAUCUUCACCGCCACUGCUACCCGUUCCUGCAGAUGGACGCCUGCCUCCUGCACGCCUGAGCCUGCCCUCAGCGCUGCCUCCUUCCCCUCCUUUCCUUCUGCCUACCCUUGCUCAUUUCCCACCUCUUCCUCCACCCUCCUUGCCCGGCUGUCCUCCCAUCCCUCUAUCCUGUUUUCCCCUUGUCAAAUUUUGCUCAAUUUUAGCUUUAUUAUGGCGUGCUGGGGCCGCUCUCUGGACUCCCCGUGCACGCUGGCCCUGCUGGUGGGCUUCCAGUUUGCCUUUGUUCUCUACUUCUCCCUCGGGGGCUUCAGAGGCCUGGUGUCCGUCCUGGUGCACACCACGGAGCCGGAGUUUGAUUACUCUCGACCUCACGAUGUCUACACCAACCUCAGUCAUCUGGGAGUGCCGCCUCCCCCGCCUCGCAACUCCGGCACCGGACCCCCCGCCACGGGGGCACCGCUGAGAGACUGCCAGAUCCCCUCCCCGCUGCUGGUCGGACCUGUGUCCGUCCACCUCUCCUCCCCUCUGUCUCUGGAGGAGAUCAGACAGAGGAAUCCGCUGGUGAUGCCAGGUGGACGCUACCGGCCCCCAGACUGUGAACCCCGUCACCACACAGCGAUCGUGGUGCCGUACCGGAACCGGCAGACCCACCUCCGCGCCCUCCUCUACCAUCUCCAUCCCUUCCUGCAAAGACAGCAGAUCCACUACAGCAUCUAUAUAGUACAGCAGUGGGGGAACGGUACCUUUAACAGAGCCAAGCUGCUGAACGUCGGCGUGCGGGAGGCCCUCAGAGACGAAGACUGGAGCUGCAUCUUCCUGCAUGACGUCGACCUGCUGCCUGAGAACGACCACAACACCUACACCUGCCACAAGCAGUUCCCCACACACCUGUCGGUGGCCAUGGACAAGUUCAGAUACAGGCUGCCGUACCCUCAGUAUUUCGGUGGGGUGUCUGCAGUGACCCCAGACCAGUACAUGAAGAUGAACGGCUUCCCUAACCAGUACUGGGGCUGGGGCGGAGAGGACGAUGACAUUGCUGCCAGAGUGCGUCUCUCUGGCAUGAAGAUCAUGCGCCCUCCAGUGGCCAUCGGUCACUACAAGAUGAUCAAGCAUAAAGGAGACAGAGGCAACGAGCAGAACCCGCGCAGAUUUGACCUUCUGAAAAGGACCAGACUCAACUGGCGCUCUGACGGCCUCAACUCUCUGACCUACGAGCUCCUUUCCAAGGAGCUGGAGCCUCUCUACACCAACCUCACCGUCAACAUUGGAGAAGACCCCCGUCUGCCCCCGGGGAAACUACCCGUCAUCGUGAAAGCAACGAACCCAGUCCACCAACGUAGCACCAGCAAGACCGGGGACAAACAGGAGAAGAGGCAAGAGACCAAAGGGGCUGUGGCGGCAAACUUGACUGUGGUCAAGCCUGUUGGUGACAAGACAGAACCUGUUAGGUCGAAGGGGGCAAAUGAGACAACACAGGAGAAGACAGGUGUGAUGAAAUAGGAUGAGGUGAAUAACAAAAAGACGACAUCACAUCUGUAGCAUAAAGUGGCUUCGCCCUUUCGCAGGAGAGCAUUGUAGAUCUGCUCUGUUGUGGGACAUAAAGUACACCAGCUGUUGGGGCUCAGUGCAGGGUUAGGGACACUCGUGCAAACGAUCCAGUGAAGAAGCCACUUUUGUCUACAGAGGUGCGUUCAGGACCGCGACUGAGUCGCCUCUCAGUUUGACAUCCAAUGAAUGUGACUCUGGCGCUAGUGACUGACCCAACUCUGUGGCUGGGGCUCCCGGCCAGCUUCAGGCCAGGCGAGGAAUGGCGCGGGACUCAAGUCAGAUCCGAAACAAACUGAACGAAAGUAUGACAGCAAAUAUAUAAAUCUCUGCUCUUUUCCAGACAUCGCGAGUUGUAAGCAACCCAUCUGCUGCCAGCAGACCUGCAGCUUCAUCCAGUUUGCUCCUGAAAAAACUGCUGCUGUCAGUCCGCCCCACUCCACGGUGGGUUUGUGUUUCUGUGCCUUCUCUCUUCUAUGCGCAUUUUAUAGACUCGUAUACUAGUUGCUUUUAGACGCUGACCUGGGGUUGAUUUUCACCUCUCCUGCGUCGUGGCAAAAAUGUUUGAAAGCAGGGAGGCUAGAGCUGGUCCUAGAUCAGAGCAAACGAUUCGUUCCCAGGACUGCCGUUUUAUAUUUGUGUGCAUUGAUCAGGCGCUGACCAACUCCAUAGUUAUCAGACAAUUCUAGAGUUUAUAUUUCUAUAGAAAGACUUCUUUAUUUGUUUACUGGUUUGUUUUACUCAUCUUUCCUUACAGUCUGGUGCCUCUCUCUUUCUCUCUCUCUCUCUCUCUGUCUCUCUCUCUCUCUCUCUCUCUCUCGCUCUCUCUGACAUUUAGUUUCUAGACAAUCAAAUCAUACGAGAACAUUAAUCUGUAUCCAGCCACAAUAACGACGUGAGGAAAUAUUAUCAUGACUGUCUAGACUGUUUUCUAUUAUCAUGGCAUGAUAGUUGUCGUCUAGCUUGACUAUAUUCUCGAUACAUGGAUAGACCUGUGCUUCUGAUAUUAUCUGUGAUUUUAUUCUUUUUCAUUUAGGCUAGUCGGGUGCGGGGGGAAAAAAAAGGCAAACUUGCAGACAAUAUUGUAGGCCCGUGGGUACACAUUUUUCCAAUUUCAGAUUGCGUUUUAAUGACAGUAAUAAUAAGAAAAAAUGGUCGUAGUCACAACAAAGCACUGUGUAUAGAUCUAGGUCUGCUUUUUACUAGAAGGCCUUACGUCCUCACAGAGGGGUCUUUCAGUAUACUAAGAAAGAUGCAUCUAAACGCUACAAAUGAGUGUCUCCCUCUCCUCGUCCACGUUCAUUUUGCUUCUGGAAAGGAGACAAGAAAGAAGGAAACACGUAUAUAUAUAUUAGACAAAAAAUGUAAUAGUUUUUAUUCUGAGGGCUCGAUGCAUGUCGGUGGUUUUCCUUUCAUUUUCUCAUCGCCAUUGACAUUCAGUUUUGUUUGUCCAUAUCAGCUGUCUGGAAUGUAUUAAUUAGAGUUGUGUGAGGGGAGAGUUUUAUCAGGUGAGCUCUCAGCCUGAUCUCUCGCAGGGCAUGAGGUUUGUUGCUGCUAUUUGACUAGAGAAAUGGUUAAGUGUGUAAUUAAUUAGCUUGAAAAAUGACAUACCGUAACACAGAUGUUUCUGGUGUGGAACUGUUUUCUCAUACUAACAGAUGAUGUGUUAUAUAUGCUGUUUUGAAUGUAUUUAAUUUAUUAAUUUAUUUGUCGAGUCACUGACGGAGCUAAAUGCACAGCAUUGUAGAGCAGAUUAUCAUCCCUUUAUAGGACACCUCCAUGUUUUAACACUGACAUUGUGCCUCAUGAAAUAAGCCCACACUACUGAAGGACCGAAGGCACAUAUCUGGGUUAUAUGUGAGCGCCCUCAAGUGGUGCAGUCUGGCAUAGCGCCAGCCGAGAGCAACCAACAACUUGAAUGAAGCUGCAGUGUUGUGACAUGAAUGUUAAUCAUUAACAGACGGCCAUUCACAGGUUUCAGCCAAUCACAUCUUUGCAUUGCUCUGUGUGGAGGGUCUCUCGUUUUGCGUAGCGCCACAUGAUCGAUCCUGCCGGCUUAAAGGUGUAGAGCAACUCUCUGAAAUUCACUGGUUAAUAGAACCAAAAUGAGUAUGUGGUGAGAGUUUUAUGAAUGGAUAUAGUUUUUAUAGGAGGAAUAUAUGUUUAUUUAUGAUUAAAUAUAAACAGUUUUAAACAAAGAGUGCUGUACAAGCAGAGUGCACCGAGAGAUAAUAAGGCCUCAUUUCUUAGCUUUAUAUUACAUAAUAGUUUAGUUGCAUAUCAAUAGAUAAUAUGUCCUCCAUUUAUCAUAUUGCCUGGGACAACGCCUGUAUUACGUGAAGCAACGACACACUGAAAGCUUUUAAGGACGUUAUGUAAUCUCAGCAGAUUAAUCAGCAAACCGUGUGCUUACCUGGAGAUUGUUCUAUAUUUAAUAAAUAGGCUAGUUUUUAUAAACGAUGUUUUUUCGCAUAAAUGUUGGAAAUAUAUACUGUGUAGUUGAAUGCAAACUCAGCAAACAGGAUUGGGACUUCUUAGUAAUGUUUUUUCAUUUCACAGAGUCACAAGUUCAUCCUGUCGUUAAUCGGUUUGAGGAGUGUAAAUGUGAUUGCCCGAGAACAAAUGAGACGUAAUUAAUACGUUACAUCGCUGGUAAUGAAGGACCCUGAUGUUUAAUUUCGUCAUCUUAUGUUGCCUGAUUUACUGACCUUGUCCGAAGACGAAAGCUUGUGUGUGUGUGUGUGUGUGUGUGUGCGUGCUCGUGUGUGUUUGUGUGCGUGUGUGGGGAGCAAGGUCAUCAAAAAGGGCAACAGAAACAGUGAACUAUGAUGGACGGUGUUGUGACGGAAAGCAAAUAUGUCUACCAAUAAAAACACAUAAUGAUGAAAUGUG